AUGAGGUGGUUGGCUAACCUCCACGAACAGGGAAUAAAUGGAAUUUUAGCCGAUGAAAUGGGAUUGGGUAAAACAGUACAAACCAUUUCAUUUCUUGCAUACUUGGCCGAGGGCAUUUGGGGACCAUUUCUGGUGAUUGCCCCGUCCUCGACGUUGUAUAACUGGCAGAAGGAGAUGACUCAGUUCUGUCCACGUUUCAAAGUGAGUGUCAAAUGUAAGUACUCAGACAUUCCCUACUGGGGGGAUAUUAAGGACAGGAAAGUGUUACGACAGUUAUGGAAGGAUGCCAAUGUCGAGGACUCGUCUUUCCACGUAGUCAUCACCAGCUACAAAAUUGCUGUUCGUGAUCUCAAGUCCUUCCAAAGAAUAAAUUGGUGGUACGUCGUUUUGGAUGAGGCUCAGGCCAUAAAGAGCACGAGCAGGUUAUUUUUCUCCUUCACUCUCAGUCAGCGAUGGAGAACGUUGAUGAGUCUUAAAUGCAGGAACAGACUACUACUCACAGGCACUCCCAUCCAGAACUCAAUGCAGGAGGUAACAAGUCCCCUCUACUGCUUAUGGGCACUACUCCACUUCAUCAUGCCUGCCCUCUUCGACUCACACGACGAAUUCAACCACUGGUUCUCCAAGGACAUUGAGGGCUGUGCAGACCAGCCAUCUAAAAUAAACGAGAGUUGUCCUACAGUCUUCAUUUUAGGUCAACUUCUUCGUUUACAUUCAAUUUUAAACCCGUUUAUGCUCAGAAGGGUCAAAAAGGACGUCGAAUCAGAACUUUUUGAGAAGAAUUGCUUGCUACAACCAGUCCAGGGAUAUCCUCAAACAAAUUGCCCACAGUCUAUUGUGGGGAAAUACAUUUUCCACUCAACAUAUGCUGUUGGAACCAAUUGCUUCCCGUUAUUUCUCAAAUCAGUCAUUUCUGAAUAUGAACAACUUUUGUGGUUAUUCAAAAUGGCCUCCUUAUUGGUGAGUGACUCGGGCAAGUUGUACGCACUGGACAGACUGUUAUGCAGACUAAAGAGGGAUGACCACCGAGUAUUAAUCUUUUCCCAAAUGACGAGAAUGAUUGCAAUUCUCGAGGUAGUGUUUGUCUUCUUAGUAUAGAACUACAUGGCUUUACGAGGGUUUUCAUAUGUUAGACUAGACGGGUCACUCCAAAUCAAUAAACGAGAAGAUAUGGUCGAAAACUUCCAGGCCAAUGAGGAUGUUUUUGUGUUCCUUCUGAGCACACGUGCUGGGGGAAUUGGCAUUAAUUUGACAGCCGCAGACACAGUAUUUGAUUUAUUAAUUUCCCAGGUAAUAUUUUACGACUCUGACUGGAAUCCCACUGUGGAUAUGCAGGCAAUGGACAGAACACACCGGCUGGGACAAACCAAGCAAGUCACAGUCUACAGACUCAUUUGUAAGGAUACAAUUGAGGACAGAAUUAUGCAGAGAGCUCGGGAAAAAAGCGAAGUUUAUGAACCCUCUUAA